UAACACUAUAUAAGUAACGUAUAUUUUACGCCAUACGCAAAGCAAACCUCAGUCUCUAGUUUGCAUUGGUAGCAUUACAUUAUAACAAUGAAUUUCCGUGUUUUAAUUCUUCUAACUUUGUGCAGCCUUGUGAAAUGCCUCAAUGGAUUAUCUUGUGAACAAAUAAAAGCUUUUGUUGAUGGACAUAAUGAACGAAGACUGCAGCUCGCUAGGGGCGAAGUGCCAAACCAGCCAGCGGCUGCACUUAUGAAGUCAGUGGUUUGGGAUGCAGAAUUGGCUGCCAAAGCACAGAAAUGGGCUUCUAAUCAUAAAUUCUCUCAUAAUCCAAACAGAACCGUUGGAUCGAAGAGAUUUUUUACUGGAGAGAAUAUUUACUGGUCUGCUUCAACAGACAAGACCUUCAUACUAGAUCCUAACUCUGCAAUGGAAAGCUGGUUCAAUGAAUACAAGGACUACAAAUAUAGACCUCUGGAGAUAAGUGACUUUCAAUCCAAAAAGAUGAUUGGACAUUACACGCAGAUGGUGUGGUCUGACUCAGUAUACAUUGGAUGUGGUAUCUCUAAGAUCGAAAAAAAUGGAUUUCUAAAUUAUUAUGUUGUAUGCAAUUAUGGGCCGGCGGGCAACUAUUUAGGACAACCACCGUACGUCGAAGGAUAUCCCAGCAAGAAAGUAAUCUGCGGAACCAGCGACUGUAGCAGACCGUACGGAGAUUCAUGCUAAUAAUUUAUAAUCUGAUAAUUACUUAUGAAAUUCACGCUUGGUUUCAAAUAAAGGAUUGUUAAGAAUUAA